UGCCAGCCUCAGGCAGGAGGCCCUGGGCUUCUAGGAGCAUGUCAGAGAUAGCAGAGUCCAGAACUGGACACGGUAUCUGCACAUGAUAAACCUCUCCUGCAUGCAAAGCUGCUCUGGCAUCUGGCACUGCCCUGAGACCACAGGUUCAGGUUCCCAUCCCUGCGUGGGAUCAGCUGUGCUGCAGCUCCUCUUUUCCCUCCCAAAGGUCGAUAUUCUGAAGGCUCUGGGUGCUGAAAUCGUGAGGACGCCGUGCGCCCGCUUUGAUGCCCCCGAGUCCAACAUCCGUAUUGCCUGGAAGCUGAAAAGUGAAAUCCCAAACUCUCACAUCCUGGACCAGUACCGAAACCCCAGCAACCCCCUGGCGCAUUACAACACCACGGCCGAGGAGAUCCUGGAGCAGUGUGAAGGAAAGGUCCACAUGGUGGUGAUCGGAUCUGGCACAGGAGGAACCAUCACUGGCGUCGCCAGGAAGCUGAAGGAGAAGUGCCCGGAGUGCAAGAUCAUUGGCGUGGACCCCGACGGCUCCAUCGUCGCUCUGCCCAGUGAGAUGAACAAGACCAACACCACAACCAUCGAGGUGGAGGGCAUUGGGCACGACUUCAUCCCCACUGUCCUCGACAGAUCAGUGGUGGAUCAGUGGUACAAAAGCAACGACAGAGACUCGUUCCUCAUGUCCCGCAGGCUGAUCAGAGAGGAGGGGCUAUUGUGUGGGGGCAGCUCGGGCAGUGCCAUGUCCGUGGCUGUGAGAGCUGCCCAGGACUUGAAGGAAGGUCAGCGCUGCGUUGUCAUCCUGCCCGACUCCGUCCGGAACUACAUGUCCAAAUUUGUGAAUGAUAACUGGAUGAUAAAAAAUGGGUUCCUAAAUGACGCCCAGGAGCACAAGCCUUGGUGGUGGAACACCAAGGUGCAGAAACUGAACCUCUCGGCCCCUCUCAUCCUCCUCCCAGAAGUCAGCUGUCAAAAGGCAAUUGAGAUCCUCCAGGAGAAGGGAUACGACCAAGCUCCUGUUGUUGCAGAGUCAGGGCUUAUUUUGGGAAUGGUGACCCUCAGCAACACCCUGAGCUCCGUGCUGGCUGGAAACGUGGAGUUCUCAGAGCCUGUCACCAAGGUCACCUACGACCAGUUCUCCAAGAUCAGCCUGGAGGACAGCCUUGGGAAGCUUUCCUGCAUCCUGGAGAACGACCCCUUCGCUAUUGUUGUACACGAGCAAAUGCACUACAGUGGAAAUGGCAGCUCCUCCAUGAAGCAGAUGGUGUUUGGUGUGGCCACAGCCAUGGACCUCCUCACCUUUGUCAGCAGGAAUGACAAGAAGUAGCAGAGCAGCUCCUCCAGCAGGUCCAGGUGUGCCCCUGAGCCCAAACCACCUGGCCAAGGGAGCCCCUGGCCCAAUCCAGCCAACAGAUUCUCAGAAUGCUCAGGAGAAAAUUGUGAUGUAUUAUAUUUGUCUGCCAAAUGCCACCCACAGUAUUACUAAAGAAAUUGUGUUUAACGCCUUGUGUGCUCGCAUGGAGCUUCCCAGGGCUGGGCAGGGAAUGUGGAGGAGAAGGAGAUGAUUGUUCCUGCCCAGAUUUUAGCAGGAGGAGCUUUGGUGAAUGUGCCAGCUGCAGGUACCUGUGUUGGAUCUGCUGAGAGUUUUCCUGACCCCUCAGGGCCACAAGAGCAGCAGGGUUGGGGGCAAGUCAGGGCACUGCUGCACCCUUCUGCCCCUCUCUGCCCACCCCAGGCAGGGCUGAGGCACCCCCAGAGCCAUUCCUCCUCACCCCUGGGGAUGUUUGCCUCCAAAAAGGCAGCAGGAGAGAGUGCAAGUCUUAACUUCUUUUUGCCAGGGUCAGGAUUAAAAUGCAUGAGAUGGUAUUUCUCGUUUGGAGUCUGAUGUUUAUUAGUUCUUAUCCAUAUUACAGUCUCACAGAACCUGAGUUCUACAGCACUUCACUCUAACAAACUAAAAAUGGAGCCCCAUCUCUCUCUCUAUAAGGCCUUUUAAGGGUAAACUGUCCAAUUAAGAAAUGACACCUCAAUUAUUUCUACUUUUAACCCAAUAACCAAGCACUCAUGCCUACAAUAGGGAUUUUUUUUAUCCAAAUACACAAAAUCACCCAAACCCCUGGAGAAGAAGGUGAAGAAGAAGGUGAAGAAGAAGGAGCA